UCUCCUCUGGUCUCAUCUUAACCCUGCGCGUGGGAGUGCACCGCAGACCAACGGGGAGUGUCUCCCGACUGGCUUUUAAACUCAACAUCUCACUCGUUUGUGAAGGAAUUCGCGACAGUUACGGUUGGAUAACUACCCGGGACUAUAACUAUAAUUAUAUAUUUCUUCUCCUUAAAAAAAACCUUUCAAAACCGUUAUUUACAUGUCUAUUUUUGGAGGUGGCCAUACCAUGGUACAUAAAUACGACACAGAGCGAGCAGUGGGGCUGCUCAGAUGCUACCAGGCCAACCUGACCAGUCCAGAGGAGCAGGCCCUGAAGAACAGUGUGGGCAAAGUCUCUUCCAUCUUGGGUAGUCAGCUGUUCCAUGCCCUUCUUGAUAUUCAAGAGUGUUACGAGGUGACCUUGCAACUGAACACAGGACAAAGUGUUGUGAAAGAAGACGGCAGGAAGGAUGCGUUGGAGGCCCAGGAGGAAGAGGAUGGUGUGUCUCUGGUGCAAGUGACCAGCAGGAGGAGCUCUCACAAAGUGGAGCGAGUUUCUGGCUUGGUGACUCUAUCUCAUGUCGAAGUGCCAAAGGCCAACCCUCCCCCCAUCAUCGUCAACGCAGACUCACUAGAUGCAGGCCCUUAUGUAAAUGGCAGUGAUGGGAUGUACAAAUAUGAAGAGAUCAUCUUGGAGAGGGGGAACUCUGGCCUAGGCUUUAGCAUUGCUGGAGGAAUAGACAAUCCCCAUAUUCCUGAUGAUCCGGGGAUCUUCAUCACCAAGAUUAUUCCUGGAGGAGCAGCUGCUAUGGAUGGAAGGCUGGGGGUGAAUGACUGCGUGCUACGUGUGAACGAUGUGGACGUGUCUGAGGUGGUUCACAGUCAGGCGGUGGAAGCCCUGAAGGAGGCGGGGCCAGUGGUGCGGCUGCUGGUCCGACGGAGGCAGGCACCACCCGAGACGAUUCUAGAAGUCAACCUGCUCAAAGGGCCCAAAGGGCUUGGAUUCAGCAUCGCUGGAGGGAUCGGCAACCAACAUAUCCCAGGAGACAACAGCAUCUAUAUUACCAAGAUCAUAGAAGGAGGAGCUGCCCAAAAAGAUGGACGGCUGCAGACUGGAGACCGCCUGCUUGCUGUGAACAACAUCGUGCUCCAGGACGUGCGUCAUGAGGAGGCCGUGGCUGCGCUGAAGAACACCUCCGAUAUGGUUUACCUCAAGGUGGCGAAACCAGGACCUGUGCACCUCAAUGACAUGUACGCUCCUCCAGACUACUCCAGCACCUUUCCUACCAUGGUGGACAACCACGUCGGCCACAACUACAUGGGGGCAAUGGAGCCUAAGCCCGUGUACCCGCCGCCCCAGGUCACCCCGUCCAGGUACUCGCCAGUUCCCCGCCACAUGCUGGGGGAGGAAGACUUCACGAGGGAGCCAAGGAAGGUGUUGCUGCACAAGGGCUCCACAGGCCUGGGCUUCAACAUCGUUGGUGGGGAGGAUGGGGAAGGUAUCUUCGUCUCCUUCAUCCUGGCAGGAGGGCCGGCUGACCUGAGCGGCGAGCUGAGGAGGGGCGACCGGAUUCUUUCGGUGAAUGGAGUGAACCUAAGGAACGCCACACAUGAGCAGGCGGCUGCAGCACUGAAGAGAGCUGGACAGACUGUCACCAUCAUAGCUCAGUACAGGCCUGAAGAGUAUAGUCGCUUUGAGUCCAAGAUCCACGACCUGAGGGAGCAGAUGAUGAACAGCAGCAUGAGCUCAGGAUCAGGCUCCCUGCGCACCAGUGAGAAACGCUCCCUCUAUGUCAGAGCCUUGUUUGACUAUGAUCGAACGAGGGACAGCUGCCUGCCCAGCCAAGGCCUGAGCUUCUCUUACGGGGAUAUCCUCCACGUCAUAAACGCUUCUGAUGACGAGUGGUGGCAGGCGAGGCUGGUCACACCGCAUGGAGAGAGCGAGCAGAUCGGGGUCAUUCCGAGCAAGAAAAGAGUGGAGAAGAAAGAGCGAGCCAGGUUAAAAACAGUCAAGUUCCACGCCAGGACAGGCAUGAUUGAAUCCAACAGGCCAGUCAAAGUAAAGCGCAAAAAAAGCUUCAACCUCUCACGCAAGUUCCCGUUUUACAAGAGCAAGGAGAAUAUUGUGCAGGAGUUGGGGGAGUCUGAACAAUGCCUGACGUCCAACACCAGUGACAGUGAAAGCAGUUCGAAGGGGCAGGAGGACACGAUUCUUUCCUAUGAGCCGGUCAUUCGACAGGAAAUCCACUACACGCGGCCUGUGAUCAUACUGGGCCCCAUGAAGGACAGAGUAAACGAUGACCUCAUCUCCGAGUUCCCCCACAAGUUUGGCUCCUGUGUACCCCAUACGACUCGUCCGAGGCGAGAGAUCGAGAUGGACGGCCAGGACUACCACUUUGUGGGCUCGCGAGAGCAAAUGGAGAAGGACAUUCAGGAUAAUAAGUUCAUUGAGGCCGGCCAGUUCAAUGAGAACCUCUACGGGACGAGCAUCUUGUCCGUCCGCACCGUGGCUGAGAGGCAGGGGAAGCACUGCAUUCUGGAUGUGUCGGGGAAUGCCAUUAAACGACUGCAGCAAGCACAACUUUAUCCGAUUGCCAUCUUUAUUAAACCAAAAUCCAUUGAAGCCCUGAUGGAAAUGAACAAGAGGCAGACGUACGAGCAGGCCAAUAAAGUCUUUGACAAGGCGGUGAAGCUGGAGCAAGACUUUGGAGAGUAUUUCACAGCUAUCGUACAGGGCGACUCACUAGAGGAGAUCUACAACAAAAUCAAGCUCAUCAUCGAGGAGCAGUCUGGUCCCUACAUCUGGAUCCCCUCCUCCGAGAAGCUUUGAGCUCCCUGCCGUGCCCUCUGCGUCGGUGCAGCGCUCCCCUCUUGCCUCCCAGAGACCCCACCCGAGCCCAAAUAGCCCCCGUCCUCACUUCCUUUUUGCAGAUAUGUUUCAUAUCAAGUUUUAGUGUCAUCAUUAUGUUACUCUCUAAAUGAAAAAGAAGUCUUAUCACCAUUACUGUGACUGUGCACACCCCUGCAUGAGUUUCUCAACAAAUCCAUUCAAGACUGGAAAUGCCAUUCCAAAGGAAUUUGUCAAAUGAAAACAAAAGGGAAAAGGAAUCGAUCCUUUUGUGAACUGGGACUGACUGAAGAUCAGAAUGUUACAGAAAUCUGGAAAGAGGAGUUGGGAUUCAAAAAGAAGUCGCAGGGAAACAGAGACAAAUCAUACCAAGUUGGAACACUUUGUAAAUGUUCAUCAAAUCACAUUUAAAAAGACGUGCGAGAUGAGAAGUGAAGACCAAUUACGGUUUGUUUUUUCUUUUUCUAAAAAGACUGGAUAAACUCGAGCCCUGCUGAUGGUAUUGUUCAAGGAGUCGUCUCGUGUUUAUAAGGACUGAGGACAUUAGUGGAGCCGACAAACCGGUGAUCUAUUUAUCACUAACCAGCUCGCUGUUUGGCCGUCUGCCAGUUGUCUGCGUUGCAGCUGAUGAAGACGUCUCGGGAGGCAGAUCAAGAGGCAGAACCGCGUUGUGAAUCUACAUUUAUAUUAUGAAAUCACAAGAUCAAUGAUAAAAAUCCCACUGAGAUUUUACGACAUAUUAAAAACUACACGUUUUACACGUCACUAGAAUUGUCAAUUUGGAGGGCUGUUAGAUUUUUAUUUUUUUCAUCUUUCUUUGUGGGAUUAUUUGUUUGGUUUUUAGCUGCUCUGUGUAAAGGAUGGAGGUAGAGAAGUGUAACUGGGCUCUCUGCAAAACACCAAACUGCCUUACUUCAAAUACAAAUUCUGUUGUGUGGCUACCUGUCGUCUGAGUGAGGCUGCACACAAAUAACAGCGAAAAGAGGGAAUACCAUCUUCUUUUCUUCCGUUUUGUGGUGUCCCUGACUGCCAGGAGGCCUGACUUGAGUGCAAUAGUUAAAACAAAGUCUCACCUCUGCAACGGAUUAAGUAAAGUCUCACCUGCAUUUCAACCCUUCUUUCUAUUUAAUAAUACAAAAUUGGCCAUCGGAUUACGAUGAGCAGCCAGAGCCUCGUGACUCCUGUUGCGCAGCAGACCCCCGAUUACACUCUCUGCCUUCUAGAGGAUUCUCUUCUGGUUGACUGGUCACAUGGUACUGUCCUAUCUGCCGCCAUGAUGGUGGCCUUAAAACGGGUAGAACAAGACAAUAAUUGUAUUGGAUGUCCUAACAAUUAAAGAGUAAAUUUAACCUGU